AGCUCACGGCCACGCAGUGAUGAUGCGAGUAGACACUUGUGAAGUGCAAUAAAAACCCCUUCUUCUUCCUCUCUUUCUCCUUCGUCUUCUUCUUCCUCCUCUCUCUCUCCUUAUUAAAAACCCUUUCUUUUUUUCACACAGAGAGCGACAACACAUAUCCAGAAGAAGAAGCUUCCUUGUUGAACUCCUCCUUUUUCUUCUUGUUGUUGUCUGUGAAGAAGGGUAAAUGUGGGGAAUGGGGAGUGGAGAUUCAGCUUCUCGAAUGAUUCUAUGGCUAUGCUUAGGGUUUUUGAUUCUAGGCGUUGGAUUUGUGCAAUGCGGAGUUACUUAUGACCGUAAAGCACUUUUAAUUAAUGGGCAGAGACGAAUCCUCUUCUCUGGCUCCAUACAUUACCCUCGCAGCACUCCUGAUAUGUGGGAAGGUUUGAUUCAGAAGGCGAAAGAUGGAGGUGUUGAUGUGAUUGAGACUUACGUUUUCUGGAACCUCCAUGAGCCUUCUCCUGGAAAAUACGAUUUUGAAGGGAGGAAUGAUUUGGUGAGAUUUGUGAAGACGAUACACAAAGCUGGUUUAUAUGCUCAUCUUCGAAUCGGACCUUAUGUUUGCGCCGAGUGGAAUUUUGGAGGAUUCCCUGUUUGGCUCAAGUAUGUUCCAGGAAUCAGUUUCAGAACUGAUAAUGAGCCUUUCAAGAGAGCUAUGCAAGGAUUUACAGAGAGAAUUGUUGAGCUGAUGAAGAGUGAGAACUUGUUUGAGUCUCAGGGUGGUCCCAUUAUCCUUUCUCAGAUUGAAAACGAGUAUGGAAGACAAGGACAGUUAUUGGGCGCUGAAGGUCACAACUACAUGACUUGGGCUGCUAAAAUGGCUAUAGCAACUGAGACUGGUGUCCCGUGGGUUAUGUGCAAAGAAGACGAUGCCCCUGACCCUGUGAUAAACACAUGCAACGGUUUCUACUGUGAUUCAUUUGCUCCGAACAAGCCAUACAAGCCUUUGAUAUGGACGGAGGCAUGGAGUGGCUGGUUCACUGAGUUCGGUGGGCCAAUGCACCGUAGACCAGUUCAGGAUCUGGCGUUUGCCGUUGCACGUUUCAUACAAAAAGGAGGAUCCUUUGUUAACUACUACAUGUAUCAUGGAGGAACUAACUUCGGAAGAACAGCCGGAGGUCCCUUUGUCACCACCAGCUAUGAUUAUGAUGCUCCGAUUGAUGAAUAUGGUUUAAUCAGACAACCUAAAUAUGGUCAUCUAAAGGAGCUCCACAGAGCUAUCAAGAUGUGUGAAAAAGCUCUGGUUUCAGCUGAUCCUGUUGAAACAUCAUUAGGAAACAAGCAACAGGCUCAUGUAUACUCUUCAGAAUCAGGAGAUUGUUCAGCUUUCCUUGCAAACUAUGAUACAGAGUCCGCAGCAAGAGUAUUGUUCAACAACGUUCAUUAUAACUUACCUCCUUGGUCAAUCAGUAUUCUUCCUGACUGUAGAAAUGCAGUCUUCAAUACUGCAAAGGUUGGAGUUCAAACAUCACAGAUGGAAAUGUUGCCGACAAACACAAAGAAUUUCCAGUGGCAGAGUUAUUUGGAAGAUCUGUCUUCUCUAGAUGACAGCUCUACAUUCACUACUCAUGGACUCUUGGAACAGAUAAAUGUCACACGGGACACAAGCGAUUAUCUUUGGUACAUGACCAGUGUUGAUAUCAAAGAAACUGAAUCAUUCUUGCAUGGAGGAGAGCUACCAACUCUCAUUAUUCAAUCUACAGGCCACGCCGUGCAUAUAUUUGUCAAUGGACAGCUUUCGGGUUCUGCCUUCGGAACAAGGCAAAACAGGAGAUUCACUUAUCAGGGAAAGAUCAAUCUGCAUUCUGGAACUAACAAAAUUGCUUUGCUGAGUGUUGCUGUUGGAUUACCAAAUGUGGGUGGACACUUUGAGUCAUGGAACACUGGAAUCUUGGGUCCAGUGGCAUUGCACGGGUUGAGUCAAGGGAAAAGGGAUUUGUCAUGGCAAAAAUGGACAUACCAGGUGGGGCUGAAAGGUGAAGCUAUGAAUCUUGCAUUUCCAACCAACACUCCCUCUUUUGGGUGGAUGGAUGCGUCCUUAACUGUACAGAAGCCUCAACCUUUGACAUGGCACAAGACUUAUUUUGAUGCACCUGAAGGAAACGAGCCGCUUGCUUUGGACAUGGAAGGAAUGGGAAAAGGUCAGAUUUGGGUGAACGGUGAGAGCAUUGGGAGAUACUGGACAGCAUUUGCGACUGGUGACUGUGGUCAUUGUAGCUACACCGGAACAUAUAAACCAAACAAAUGCCAAACCGGCUGUGGUCAACCUACACAAAGAUGGUACCAUGUUCCGAGAUCAUGGUUAAAGCCGAGCCAAAAUCUGUUGGUUAUAUUCGAGGAGCUUGGUGGAAACCCAUCAACCAUCUCUUUGGUCAAAAGAUCAGUAUCCGGAGUUUGUGCUGAAGUUUCUGAAUAUCACCCUAAUAUCAAGAACUGGCAAAUCGAAAGCUAUGGAAAAGGACAGACAUUUCAUAGACCUAAGGUUCAUUUGAAAUGUAGUCCAGGUCAAGCUAUUGCAUCUAUUAAAUUUGCAAGCUUUGGGACUCCUUUAGGAACCUGCGGGAGUUACCAACAAGGAGAGUGUCAUGCCACUACCUCAUACGCUAUCUUAGAGAGGAAGUGUGUAGGGAAAGCGAGAUGCGCAGUGACGAUCUCCAACAGCAAUUUCGGGAAGGACCCUUGUCCGAAUGUGCUGAAACGGUUGACGGUUGAAGCAGUUUGUGCCCCAGAGACAUCUGUAACCACUUGGAGACCUUAAAGACAACCAUUGAGCGAGCCAUUUGACUACAAAAUGUAUAACCAAACAAUACAGAGAGAGAGGAAGAAGAAAACAAAUGUAAGCUGUGUUAAAAUGUGUGCGUGUGUGUGUGUGUUUAAACAAUUCCGGGUUUAGAGUAGGUUGAGUUAGGUAAGAGAGAAGAGAGUCUGUAGAGUUCUGAUGGGUCUCGGGCAAUUCCGGGUCUUGUCAAAAAACAUUCUGGCCACCGGUCACCACCGACCAUUUUAACCGGUUAUGGAGACCGGGACCAUUAGGUCUGAAUGAAGUCAGGUUUAAGGUUUGGUUUGAUUUGUCUUUGUAAUCAACAAAAGAAGGUUCAGGUUUAGGAGAAAGGAGAUCCUAUUGUGAACCUUUUUUUCUUUCAAACGUCUUUGUCGUUUCACUUUCCUAAUUUAGUUCAAGUUUUCUUUAGCAUAAAA